AUGGCUUCCUCCGCUCCUUCUGCUUCUCUCAUCUCCUCAAACCCUAACAUUCUCUUCUCUCCCAAAUUCCCUUCUUCUUCUUCCUUUUCUUCCCUCUCCUUCCCCAAUUCCUCCAAUUCCAUUUUCAAACCUUUACGCACUUCUCUUAAUCCCUCAUCUCCCGCUCUCAAACCCCUCGUUGCCAGGGCUUCGAGUGAACUUCCAUUAGUUGGGAACACAGCACCGGAUUUUGAAGCAGAGGCUGUUUUUGAUCAAGAGUUCAUCAAGGUCAAACUAUCUGAAUAUAUUGGGAAAAAAUAUGUUAUCCUCUUUUUCUACCCAUUGGAUUUCACAUUCGUUUGCCCGACAGAAAUCACCGCCUUCAGUGACCGGCAUGCAGAGUUUGAGGAACUAAACACAGAGAUUUUGGGUGUUUCAGUUGACAGUGUGUUUUCACACCUUGCAUGGGUUCAAACUGAUAGAAAGUCGGGUGGUCUUGGCGACUUGAAGUAUCCUUUGAUUUCUGAUGUCACCAAAUCCAUCUCGAAAUCUUAUGGUGUUCUCAUUCCCGAUCAGGGGAUUGCAUUGAGAGGAUUGUUCAUUAUUGACAAGGAAGGGGUUAUUCAGCAUUCUACCAUUAACAACCUGGCCAUUGGUAGAAGUGUUGAUGAGACAAAGAGAACACUCCAGGCCUUGCAGUAUGUGCAGGAGAACCCAGAUGAAGUUUGCCCAGCUGGGUGGAAGCCUGGUGAGAAGUCCAUGAAACCAGACCCUAAACUUAGCAAAGAGUACUUCUCUGCUAUUUAG